AUGUGCCAACCAACCAUUCGUGGGAGCUUAACGGUAUGAAAAUUGAGUCAUGACAACUAGACCUUUUAUCAGGACCUCGGUGAGAACGAACUGGUCAAUUUUAUCCGCACGUUCGAAUCGAUUUUAGACAUGUUUUCGAAGAGUUUUAAAAAGAUGGAUAUCCGCUUUGACUUGGUCGUAGAGGUCCCGGGUUUGUUGGCGGUGAGGCAACCUUUCUUUUAUCUUCUUGCAAUGCCUUUUGCAUUAUUCAAAGUGCGGUAUAUACCGUUUUUAGGAGGAUCUGUUCGCAAAAGUUAGACAACUGGCUGAAGUCCCAAUUCCUUCGCUCUUUUACUACACUGACUUCAACAUCAAGAAUCCUCAUGUCGACUAUUACCUUAAAUUACUUGAUGAUUUGUAUUACAGCAAGCCCGACGUACCAAAAUAUCUGCUGCACAAAACGAUUCGUUUUGCAGUUACCUUCGCGUCCGACGAAGAUUUCUUGAAUGGACGCAGACGUAUUUUUUAUCCUGAUUACGGCUUGGGAAAUAUUUAUGAGUUUCUUUAACAACCUUAAUGUCUAUGAAUGUAUAAUUUCUAUAUUUUUCAUAAACAAUUAAAAGUUUCGCGGUAUUGAAAAAAGUGUUUUGAAGUUUUAGCUUCAAGCGGUUGGUUUUCCAGCUACUUAUUUAGUGUUUGCGGUCAACGAUAUCGAAUAUGUGAGGCGCAACGACCGAGCUUCGAGGAUUUUCGCACGAGGAACGGCCUACAUUUAUUCAAAUUUGAUUGUACUUUUCUGCGUGGGGCUUUCCUAUAAAAGGCCUCCUUUCCACUGAAUAAAUCACUUGACUCUUGAGCUCUCGUCUUGUCUCGUUACUGGGUUCUCGGGCCUUUCGACAGAAUACUACAUCCAAAAUGUGUUGGAAUUUUGACUUCUUUAUAGUUUGGGAUUGUUUUUUAUUACAUACAUAUGUAGGUGCGCCUUCCUACUCCACCGGGCCCUUAUUCCAGUCCAAAUCAAUUUUCUUUUCUGCAAAGAUGCCCCCUAAACUUAGCGAUGAAUGCGUCAUGUACCUUCUGGAAUCCUUCUGCGACUAUGACUCGCUGCUGGCACAAAACCCUUGGCGGGCGUAUCAUCGAAUGAGCGUCCCGGUAGGUCUUAAUUUUAUUCACAUUUGCUUUACUUCAGCUCAUCUGUCGACGAUACUUCUUCCUCAUCUUUAAUGGGAGAUCGUAUUUCUAUUCCUCGGAAAUUUUCAGUUCCAUUGCUUUGAGGGACCAUCAGCCUGGUGAAAUUAUGUUCGGACUUGCGGGUAAGAAAUCGAUCAAAGAUCAGAGUUCGGCCGUGCGAAACUGUUGACUUCUGAGGUAAUUAAAACAUCAAGUUUUUACAGAAGAAACAACACGAGACAUGCGCCUGCAAACACCGUUAAUCUCAUUUUACAAAUUGGUUGCAAUUACACCUGAAAUUGAACCGCUGCAAGGGCGAGACAAGUAUGUGGUCAAAGUCGAAGGAAACAAUGACUAUACAAGGCCUCUUCUAAAGAUUUUGCUUAGUAGGUUCAAAUAGUAUGUUGCAUUAUUACAAUAUUUUUCAGAAAAUCGAAUCCCCGCGCAACAUAGGGGUUCUUCUUGGACGUACGAUUCUGCGGCCACUGAAGAAUUCAACGAUGUUGUAGCCACCGACUUUUCCUACCCUGCCCAUCGGCUCUACGGAAUGCCGUAUCAGCUCAGCGAAUUCACGUCUUCUGACCAUCGGGUAUUUACAGAGGUCAAAUUAGAAUGCUGUCAUUGUAACGAUUGUAAGGCGUUGCCUUACAGAAAUCAGCAUUUUUUUAGACGUUCCUCACAUUUUUCGCAUCAAGACGAAGAAACUGACCAUGUGCUUGGAUAACUUUAUUUGGUACGAUGAGUAAGUUGGCUAUGACAUCAACUAAAUUUAUGCUUCUGAUCCGCUUUUCUGUAGCCUACCACCAAUGCCCCAUCUUGUGGAAUUAAGCUGUAAAUUUGGAGAAAUUGGACUUAUGAUAAACGACGGAGCUCUCAGAUUUUACGAAGAAAUCGUUCAAAAGCUGUUUUCAGCAGCUCCGAAUCUCAACUCAAUCGCGCUGAGUUGCCGGCCAAGCGUUUUUGGGACCUUGACGGUAUGAAAUAUUAUAACUGUGGCUACGGUAUUCUGUUUAGGACCUUGGUGAAGAUACAGUGGCUGAUUUUUUCCGGACGUUGGAAUCAACUUUGGACCUCUUCUCAAAGCACUUCAAAAAUAUGGAUAUUAAGCUGGAUUUAGAUAUCAACCUGCCGCAUUCGCUAAGGGUAGGCUUUAUUUUUCAAUCCUUCAAUACGCUUAACAUCACCCGAGUAUUACAUGCCGUUUUUAGGCCGAACUUGACGCAAAGCUUGACCUCUUCGCCGAGAUCCCUGUUCCUAUGCUGUUUCACUACUACUUACAGGAUCCGCAUGUCGACUAUUACCUCAAAAAGCUGUAUGAUUUGUAUUAUUGCAAUCCGGAGAUUCCAAAGCAUCUUUUGAACAAAACGAUUGGGCUUAGAGUUAAUUUCUUUGAUGACAAUUUUUUGACCGAAAAUAGACUAAUGGUUCACUGA